AUGGCCCCCAUAGCCAGAGAUGCAUUGGACUUUCCCGAGUCGGAUAGGAGCUUCCUAGACCCUCAUCUUCCGGCCCAGGAUGGCACUGCCCGGGAUCUCCCCUUUACAACACUCACUUUCGCCACAUCGCUCGACUCCUCCCUUGCUCUCUCGCCUGGGGCCCGCACGGUCCUAUCUGGGCCCCAGUCGAAGGCAAUGACACAUUAUCUCCGGUCACGCCACGAUGGUAUUCUGAUUGGUGUUGGCACGGCAGUGGCGGACGAUCCAGGUCUCAACUGUCGCAUUGCAGGAGUUGGAGGCUACGGCAAUGACGGUUUAAUUGGCCAACCGCGACCAGUAGUCAUCGAUCCAUCUGCUCGAUGGGAUUUUUCCGAUGAUAGCAAACUGUUUCAACUUUGCAGAGAGGGACGUGGUCGCGCACCGUGGAUUGUGACAGCACUGGACCAACCCUCGGCGGAGAAACAAGCUCUGCUCGAGAAAUAUGGUGGAAAAUUCAUCUCGCUGGAAAUUCCAGAAUCUGAUGAAGGGCGGCAUCAAAUCAAUUGGCGCGAUCUAUUUGUUACGCUCAAGUCGAAUGGUCUUUUGAGCGUGAUGGUAGAGGGUGGUGGCCAGGUCAUCAAUUCCCUCCUGAGUCCUUCCCAUAUGUCACUACUGAAUUCUGUGAUUAUCACGAUUGCUCCAACUUGGCUGGGUCAAGGUGGUGUAGUCGUGUCACCAAAUAGGCGGUUCGAUGACGGAGGAAACGCGGUUUCUGCUGCGAGAUUGACCAACGUCAAGUGGUACCCAUUUGGUGAAGAUGUUGUCUUGUGUGGUCAGGUGAAGCUUUCCGAGGCUUGA